CCAAGCUAUAAGAUGCCAUUUAUAACACCCUUGUAAUCAAGAUCAUCGGUCAUAGCAACUGAGAUCCUUGCAUGUCCCGUGGCUUGUUUCCACCCCUUGUCCCUAGGCUCGUGUUGCAUUGUCCUUUCUUGUGACGCCAUAACAUGUCUUGGAUGUUUACAACUGGCCCAGGGCGGGUUUCGGCACCAAGCAGGUAUAGGAUGGAGAUGACGGUGAUUCUACCACCACAGCAUGGGCUUGGAAAAAGUCAGCGAUGACCAGCUAUUGAUGCGGGAGUGCAAAGGGGAACGGGAAUGCGACACUGCCAUCUAUAUAAAGAUGCUACUUCUCCCUCCCUCUAGAUCAAACUUCUUCUCUUCUCCACACACUCAAGCAAACAAGCAAACAAGCUCUACUACAAACUUCCUGCACUUCAACAACACAUCUCAACUCAAAUCAAACCGCCAAAAUGAAGUUCACUUUCGCCAUCGCCGCUGCCAUCUUCACUGGCCUCGUCUCUGCCCUCCCUGCCAAGGAGGUCGAGUCUCGCCAAGUACCCUACAUCCCCUGCAGCGGAAUCUACGGCUCGGCCCAGUGCUGUGCUACCGACGUUCUCGGUCUUGUGAACCUCGACUGCGGCCAGCCCCCCGAGACUCCCACCGACGCCGAUACCUUCAGCGCUAUUUGCUCGGCCAUCGGCCAGCGUGCCCGCUGCUGCGCUCUCCCUGUCCUCGACCAGGGUGUCCUCUGCAACACCCCUGCUGGCGUCCAGCCUUAAGCACCUUUUUGUUGUAUAAGGCGGGGGCUGUCGGUCUUGACUGAAUUGUCGUUUGCGCAGCGAUUUGUUUAGGUUAUCUUUGGACUUUCCUUUUCGGCUUUUUUUGACUCUGUUAGGUGUGAAGAGGUAAUAUUGCUGUAUAUAUAGCUGUAUACUAUUAACGCUCCUUUGACCUACGUUGUACAGUUCA